UACUGGCGAAGUAGGCGACUGAAGUCUGGCAACGCGGUGUGACUUUGUUGUUCUCACAAUUUUCGAGCUCUGUGAAAUUGUUUAUCAGUAUUAAAAAACGAACUAGACACAGGAAAGAACUGAGUCUUCUUGUGUCGCACAACAGGAUUCAAAAGCCAAUUGCACUGCCCAAGUACGCAUAAUGCGCUGAAACGUCCAGGAAGCGCCAAUUAAGAGCACAACCGACCACACACAGAGAGGGCGUCAACUAGAAGUAGUGGGGGUGGAACCUAGCGAAGAAAACAAGGGAAAAAGGCCAGAAAAGCAACCUAUAUCCAAAUAAUUUGCAAAUUUACGGCCCCAAGCAGCAUGAGCAACCACAGAUACCAUCACGGGGGUAAUUACAUGCACCCACGCAUGUCCUCCCCACAUCACUUCACCUACGUCUCCUCCUGCGUCAAAUACAUGAUCUUCCUGCUGAAUUUCAUCUUCUGGCUCUGGGGCCUGCUCCUGGCCAUCGGCGUGUACGCCUUCAUGGACAAGCUGAAGGAUGGCAACGGCUGGGUGCGCCUGGACACGGUUUACGACGUGAUAUUUAACAUUUCGCUGGUGAUGAUUAUAGCAGGCAUCGUGGUGUUUGUGGUUAGCUUUGCCGGCUGCUUGGGCGCCCUGCGCGAGAAUACCUGCCUGCUGAAGUUUUACUCGAUGUGCCUGCUCAUGUUCUUCAUCAUGGAGAUGACGCUGGCCAUUAUCUGCUUCGUGUUCCCACAGUACAUGAAUUCUUUCCUGGAGUACCAAUUCACGGACAAGAUUAUCCACUCUUACCGUGACGACUCUGACCUUCAGAACUUCAUCGACUUUGCCCAGCAGGAGUUUAAGUGCUGUGGCCUGAGCAACGCCGGCUACCAAGACUGGAGCAAGAACGAGUACUUUAACUGCUCCUCACCGUCGGUGGAGAGGUGCGGCGUACCCUACAGCUGCUGCAUCAACGCCACCGACAUCAGCUCCGGCCUGGUGAACAUAAUGUGCGGCUAUGGCGUACAGGAGCAUUCAGUGGCCGCCGCCAGCAAGCGCAUCUGGACCAGCGGCUGUAUCGAGAUCGUUCGCGUUUGGGUGGAGCGCAACCUCUAUGUGAUUGCGGGCGUGGCUCUUGGCAUCGCCCUGCUUCAGCUUUUCGUCAUAUAUCUGGCCAAGACCCUGGAGGGCCAGAUCGACUUGCAGAAGUCGCGCUGGUCGUGAGUGCCAUGCCACCAUCCGUACUUGUACGGAUACCCACCCUGCGAAGACGACCCCUACUACAACUCGCGGAUGUGAGGCUGGCGAGCUGUGCUGGUCCUGGCCGCGCUCAAAUAGUUCCCAAUCGAAUUCCCAUACUCCUAGGUCAAUCCAUAGCUCUCCAGUACCCUAUUGUUCUCUCUUGUUUUCCGGAACGUCUUCAGUUCCCUUGCCCCAAAAAAGUCUUACAAUCGUAUAGAUACUCUCUAGGCUAAGUAACAAUAUUUAUACUCGUACAUAUGUGUAACCGCAUGUCGCAACAGCUCUGUAUGUUUUUAACGUCAGCGUGUGAUGCUUAGUCACAAGUAAAAUCGAACAAAUUUAAAGUUUUACCCAAGUAAAUGUAUGCAAUAUCGUACUAUUUAAAAGACAAUUGUAUAUAAGCUAGCGAGUUCCAUAAGAAAUAUGCAUUUAAAAUGAGAUUUAUAUUUAAACGCGAAACCAAAACUGCAUGCACGUUUGUUAAACACAAUAACAUAACUAGACUUAUUAGCAAUUUUAAGUAUCUGUGUACGAAUCUUGUUGUAUUGCGUAUUCAAAUACAGACAUUCUAUACGUGUA